GAAUUUAAAGUAUCAAUUAAUAAAUAAUAUUCUAAAUACAACGAUUCUAAUAAAAUAAUUGAAAAAAAAAUUUAAUGAAAUAACAAGAAUAAAAAUCAAAAUUGAAUUGCAAGAUUUAAAGUAUUGCAAUUAAAAGAUAACAAAAUAAGACAGAUGCCUUAAAAUUUAAAUAUUCAACUGAUAAAAGAUGAUAUCAUUGUAUACAAAAACUAAAUUAUACCAUAUAUUAAAUGAUGCUGUUCAUAAAAUUUCUAGCAAAUAUUUCAGACAUGUUUAACAUAAAAGUCUGUCAUUUAUAAGAAUUUAACUUGUUCUAAAAUUGUGCAGUGUAAUCACAGAAGUAUUACAAACUACAUGAAAAGUAUUCUUUAUAUAAUUUCUACAGUUGAAAAUUUUGAAAUACAUGUUAUAUAUUGUAUAUUAUUGAUAUAAAGACAUUAAGUAAAAUAGUGAAAAAUUAACUAUAGACAUGAUAAACAAUCAACAUUGUGUUAUUCUUAAUUCCGGAGAGACCAACAGCUAUCAUCAGCCGGUCUCUGCAAAACCUUCUGUUGUUUCUGUAUCGAGUAUUGAUUCUGAUGUGAGUGACAGAAGAGAUGUACGUGAAGAACUUUAUGCUGGAAUUUUUAGAAGACAUAGAAAGACCAUACUUGUAUUAGGCAGUUUUCUCAAAAUGUUAAGGAGAUACUUGGAUAAAUUGCAUGCUCUAAAUCGAAUAUAUGCCUUAAUUGCUUUACAAUUUGAAAUUAUUAUACAACAAAAGUUUUGGUGAAAUGAAAUUUUAAUUAUUGUAAUAUAUUUGUUUAUAAAAAUUUUGAGUUAAUUUGAAUAAACGCUUUUAAGACUUA